GGGGUUCUACAGGAUCAUGCUGUGGAGCUCCUUCAAGGUAAGGUACUGAGAUCUGUCUUCCUCGAUCCCAUUCUUUCACGUUGGGUUGCAUUGUCUGCCCUAUCUCAGCACUUGCUUGUCUGAGACCACUUCAUUCCAAGCACAUGAUGUUACCUUUCCCUCACUGCUCAAACCCCUUAGAGAAGCCUUUCGGUAAGCAACUCGAGCUCAACCCUCUUCCUCCUCCAAACAACCCCUACUUCCCGAUCUUUGCUUCCGACGGCCUUCCCCUUCCUCUCGGUGCUGUGACAGGCGCAGUUCCUUUACCCUCUCCCCCAUCUCUUCCUCCUGUCGAUAAUUCUUUGGCUACUGCUUCACCAUUGAUGAGGAAGAAACGCAGUGGAAGCUUUACCCGUAAAAGAUCGUGGAGAAAUGAUAGGAACAGCAAGAUACUCACCGCAAAGGGACCAAGAGAUCGUCGAAUACGGCUCUCCAAUGAGGUGGCCCGCAAGUUCUUUGAUCUCCAGGACAUGCUCGGCUUCGACCAGGGCAGCAAGACAGUGCAAUGGCUCUUCAACAUGUCCAAACACGCCAUCCAAGAACUCACCGCCAUCUCCGAUCCCCAACUCGGUGGCCUUGGCAUCCAAAGACCAGCGUCCUUCACUCUAGGGUUGGAGAAAUCGACCAUGGAAUCCGACUCCCAAGGCAAGCCGACGACCAAAUUGGUCACUGCCACGUCAGUCAAGAAUUCCAAGAACGAGAAGCAAUUGAUCAAGCCCUCAGGGAAUGCCGGGUCUAAUCUGAUGCGCGUCCGGGAGUCGAGGGCCAAAGCAAGGGCAAGAGCAAGGGAGAGGACAACAGAGAAGAGAAGAAUGUGGUUAUUGUCCUCAACAAUUGCAUCUCAUGCCACCAGCAACGAAGGUUCACAUUUGCUCAACUUGAGUUCUUCCUUGUUAGGAUCCAUAGCUGAAAUGGAAGCGAGACAACGUUCUUCCUCUCACACACAGCGCAUUAGGUUAUCCGAUCAUAGAAACUACGAGUUCCCAGCACAAGAUGGACCCUGCCUGAUCCCAAUUUUUGGCUAUUCCGAGAAGAUUGCAGACCGCAAUGACAUGGAUAACAUCCUUCAAGAUCAAUCAAACAUGGAAAGAAUGCCCUAAGCUGAUCUCUUGUUCCUCGGGAGGCCAUCAUCUCCAACAACACAUUUGUAUGACUCGUUAGUUUGCAAAGGAGACUAGUAGAGCAUUGGCAAAAGCAUCCAACUUCAGAUAGAACCAGUGAAGAACAACAAUAAGAAGAAGAGUUAUACCAGGAAUUAGGGUACUGAAUCCAGCAGUGGAAAUGGAUAUAUAUAUACAUCCUACAUUUGUUCGGCAGGGCUGUCGGAUUCCAAGAGCAGACUCUACGAUACGCAAACCAGAAAGGAGAUAGAAAGAAGAAGCUUUCCCUGGUCAUUCGGAUCCAUCUUGCAAGUUGUAGCCGCAGGAAACAGCUUUGGGUUUUCCUGCACUGCAGUCGAGAUCUUUAACUCUUGCGGGAAACCCUCGAGAAUUAAUGUACUGUAAAGUAGGGUUUGGGAGGCAACAAUGCCCAGCUAUCGUGAUUCAAGAACAAGAAACUAAUGAUGAACUUUGUGUGCAGUACCGCUCAUCUGUCCUUGAGCCAGCGGUGGAGGUCGGGGAGGGGGGGUGGCGGUAGCUGUUCUUGUUGGGUUGUAUUAAUGUGAAGAGAAGAGAAGAGAAACCCCAGUGGUCGUCGUCGCUCGAAAGGUUGAUAAUGCACGCCGACCUGCGCAUGUACCUCUCGGCGUUGUGUCGAUCGCGCCACCUGCCUGCGGAGGAGUUGUACGUACGUAGCAGUACUAAGGCCACUGUUAGCGAUGUAGUAUUAUUGUUUGUGGCAGACGAGAAACGAAAAAGAUUCACCGUGAGAAGAUAUAUUGCCGUCAUAA